AUGUCCGUCUCAUCAUCAUCACGGCGUUACUCCAUUGUCGAGCCACACCCAUCCGUCCCUGCAACACACUACUUCUCGACCGGGCGCGGCGGAGCAGGCAAUGUGACCCGAGCCCCUUCAUCUGUGACACAAGGCACCGACGCGACAGGGCCGGCAUCACGCAUCUGGGUCGAGUCGCCAGAGACGCACCGCAAGACAUUCACCGCCGGCCGCGGCGGUGCAGGCAAUGUCUACCCGGCCAGCGAGCGGGCCAUCUUCAGCUUCGACGAGGAACUCGAGCGCCAGCUCAGCCAGGAACGGCACGCCGCCCCGGUCUACCACGUCGGCCGCGGCGGCGCGGGCAACGUCAAAGCCAACGGCGCCGGCGGUGUGUCGUCGCCGCGCGUUUUCCUCGAUGGCACUACCCGUCGCCGCAGCGAGGAUAGCGUCGCCUCGACGUCCUCCCAGUCCAGCGAGAGCGGCGCCGACCAGUUCAACCGCACCCUCAAGAAGGGGAUCAAGAAGAUGUUGGGCGUCGGCAACUACAUGACCGGCUGA